GGAAGGAUGAACCCGACGGAACGGCGCCCGCUCACUGCGGGGCGGGCCAGGAUGCCCUAGAUCAGUUGAGCUUGUCAUGCUAAUCAACGUUCGUGUCAUCCUUACAAACAUUGCCUCGCAUCCAACGCUGGCUCUCUCCCCAGUACAGCACUGGACUUUCUCGGCCGUUCUUAACAACCCUUUGAGGCAGCGGCUCUAAAAAUCACCCGAGUUUGGCAUCUGGCACGCGGGGACCAUGAAUGCCAAGGAAGAUCUGGCUAGGAAGAAGAAAACAACUGGAUGUAGAAGUAAUGGCGGGUGUCAGACCUGCAGGAUACGUCGUAUCAAAUGUGACGAGACGAAACCUUGCUGCUUGCGAUGCACACGGACUGGGAGAUCCUGUGACGGGUAUGAAAGGAAGAUCACCCCAACUUCUCGAAAGGCUUCUCAUAAAUCCCUGCUAUUACGGAGACACAUUCUGCAGCCGAUACCUCUGGAACCCGAACCGUGUCCAACCGGUCUACCAAUCUCGAUCGCUUUCCAAGAUCAGGAGGAAGCCCGCUACUUUCGAUUCUUCUAUCACGAGACCGCAGAUGCCCUUGCUGGAGGAUUCGACAGUCCGUUGUGGAAGCGGAUUGUUUUCCAAGCGUGCCACGAGGAGACAUCCAUUUUAAAUUGCACUGUUGCGAUUGCCGCGUUAGACAGAGCUUGCAGAGACGCAGGUUCAAAAUCACCCUCGAGAGCGUCCGAAGCACAUCAUCGAUAUGCGCUUUCUCAGUAUGGCAAAGCCCUGAAAGGAGUACGAGAAGCUAUUUCGUUGGGAAAGGAUUCUCUGAGAACUGCUCUCAUCGCUGCUCUGUUAAUUUUCUGCUUCGAAAACUUCCAUGGAGACGUGCGAUUAGCCUUGAUCAACGUUCGCAGUGCACAAGAGCUGAUGCAUAACUGGCUCGAGAGCAAGGGAGAGCCUGCAACACCGAGAGGAUUUUCGCCAGCACCGUUUGUUAUUGAAGACGAGAUGGUUCAAGCCUUUGCCAAAUUGGACAUCCAUAUGCUUACCUGGAUCGACAUUCCAACAUCCGCACGGAACCCCCGCAACAGAGUACCCGACGUUCAAUCAAUGCCAACCAGCUUCUGUUCCCUAGCUGAAAGUAAAUAUUACUUUGACAUCACCUCCGCCCGAAUCUUUCACCAUUUAUCGGCUGUGCAGGAAGGCAGGCAGGAUGCCGCGCAGUCAUUGCUCACCCCUCCCUAUGACGCAUGUCAGAUAUCCCCCGAAAAUUUUAAUGAAGUAGAAGAAGAGCUUCUUCACUGGGAAUCGGCAUUCGCACCCGUACUGAAGCAUUCGAGGAGCCCAGAAGGAGAGAAGGACUUUGUAGGAGCUACCCUUCUGCGCAUUCAUGCCUUGACCCUCAAACUUUGCAUUCGAGCGACAAGACUUGAAAGCUCCGGUCCGCAGUCAUACGACGUCUUCCUCCCAGAGUACUGCGAAAUCGUCGGCCUGUGUCAAACAGUCACAAUCCACCCACGAUUUGUGAAGUCCUACGUGUUUGACGUUGGAAUUGUGCCAAUUUUGUUUCUCGUGGUCGUCAAGUGUCGGGACAAGAUGGUUCGAUGGGAGGCGAUCGCGGCGUUGAAAGCUGCUAGUCCAAGAAGAGAAGGAUUGUGGGACAGCAUGAUGGUUGCAAGAAUUGGGGAGGCAUUGGUGAAGGCCGAAGAAGAGAAUUCUGGGUUCUCACCGGAACAAUGGAACGAUGUCCACCUUCGAUGCAUGAACAUCAGUUGUCGCCUACCCAGCGCCUCUCGGAGCGCCAAACCAAGCCUUGAAAGCUAUGAAAAGAGGAUUUGUCUUCUUGAUUGGGUUGAGAGCAGCAUGAGGAUAACGCUGUAUCUAUGAGAGAUCGGUUGUGAUUUUAUACAAUCAAGGAAGCUGGUUGUCUUAGCGAGUUGACAGGCGAGGUCCGAUGAAGCUCUGCGGAAAACCAUCUCGCAUUCGGUUGCUCGAGAAUUGGAAUUUUCCUG